AUGCUUAAUCGUCUAAUUAUUUUCUUAUUUUUAAUUUUUAAAUUCGUGGAAGGUCACAUCAUCUUAACAUUUCCGGAAGCACGAUAUCCACCAUUCGACUUUUUAGACAACAGAAGAACGCUUGGACCUUGCGGGGUUCCAAAAUCGGAAAGAAGUAAUUUAAUAGGAUUUACUUUUAAAAUGUUUAAUUUAGGCCAAUUAACAAGCUUCCAAGUCGGCAGAAAUUAUAAUAUAAGCUGGCAUUUAGCAAAGACGCCUCAGAGGAACGAAAAUGUUAAGAUACGAUUGCUUGAUUAUAAAGGAAAUGAGUUAGAAAGUGAGAGAGUGCCAUUACUUUUAGGACAUGGAGUAACAGCAAGACAAAUGGCAAGUGCUGUUCAGCAAUCUGUAGAAAUUCGUUUUCCCGUUGAAUGUCGAAAUUGUACAUUACUUAUUGAGAAGAUUAAAGCACAAACUAACAAUGAUAAUUCUAGUUUUGAGAGGAGUUGUGCCGAGGUGGAUAUAUCCAAUACAGCACCAAUGAAUUGUUUUGGUAAUGGUAUAUGGGAGGAUGAAGGAAGUAGUGGCAGUUGCCAAUGUUCACAUGGAUUCUCGGGUCAAUACUGUCAAUAUAAAGAUGAUUGCGCAGAUGAUUUAGAAUGCGGCCCUAAUGGAAAAUGCGUAGCAGACGCCAUUAGGCAAGGCCAUAAAUCUUGUUUUUGUCAAUUUGGAUUUUUUGGAACAAACUGUGAACGAAAUUGCUAUUCAAGCAAGACGCUAAAUACAGAGGAAACGGAUGAGGGAGAUCGUUUACAUUGGCGCUUAGUGGGAAAUCAACUAGAAAUAAUUCUGGAUUUUUGGACUACACAUUUACACAAAUGGAUUGGACUUGGAUGGAGACCCCUCCAAAUACCUCCUUCUUGUCGACUUUUCCCUCAAAUGAUUUCGUCAUUAGAGCAGAAAAAUGUCCAAACAAGCGGAUUUUCCCGUGAAUGGCUCGAACAACCAUUGCAUCCAAUGGAAUGUGUUGAUAUGAUAAUGGGCUCAAUUCGAGAAGGGAAUUUGCUGCAUAUUGAAGAUUUAUAUUCACGAGAUAUGAGUAGUCCUCUUCGCGAUUCAUUGCUGGAUGGAGAGGAAUCGUUGAGUGCCGCAUACGGAUUACAAACUGGAAAUAGAAGUUUAUUAAUGCUUCGAAGACUUAUAUCAGAAAUCGAACCGACUGAUCAUCCACUUGGUCCGGGAAAAAUAUUUUUGCUAUACGCAAAAGGGGAGUCAAAAAUUGGGCGUGAUGAAAAAUAUAAAUCGGAAAAUGAUUAUCAAUGGAAAUAUCAUGGGAGUGAAUCCACAAAUCGAGGCCACAUAGAAAUAGAAUUUGUCAACCAAAGCCAAAUGAACCAAAUCCGCGUUCCUCUAAUCCAUUUUGAUCAUUCAACAGAAAAUAGGCAUAAUAACGAUGGAAAGGAUCCAAACAUAACGACCAAUCAUCCAAUGGAAAAGCAUCUACAAAAAAAUGAAAAAAUAUUAAUGAAAAAUCUAACCUCUUCUUCAAAUUUCUCUUCAUUUGUUGCCAAUGAACAUCUUAUUGUAGAUAUUCCAACCGCCGUAGUUGCCUCAAACAGUCUUGAAGUUGAAAGACAAAACGAAGAUGAUGAUAUUUCAUCAAUUGAACGAGAAAAGGACGUACAAGAUGAAAAUGAACAAAAUUCAUCAUCCUCAUUACCAUCCAUAUUAAAAUUCGAGAUAAUUAGAAUUCUGGUUUCGGCAUUUUUAAUGGUAAAUUUAAUUGUUUAUAUUAUUUAA